CGAUCAUCUACCCCUCCACCCACCAGCACCAACUAUUCCCCCCUAACAGGAACCUUUUACCUCCCUCCGCUCUCCACUCUCCACCAAUAUAAAAAAAGAAAAAAGAAAAACAUACUUUCAGACCGUCUCUUUUCGAUCAUUCAGCAGAAACCCCCGUGCGAAAAACUUUAUCUACAUCAUCAUGACGGAUACAAUCUACAAGGCUAGCACCACCGCUCCGGUGAACAUAGCCGUAGUCAAAUACUGGGGAAAGCGGGAUCCCAAAUUGAACCUCCCAACCAAUUCCUCCCUUUCCGUUACCCUGUCACAAGCUGAUCUCCGAACUCUCACGACCGCCACGUGUUCCGCGAGCUACCAAGGCCAGGAAGAUUCCCUCAUUCUUAAUGGCGAACCGUCCGAUAUUAAGGGUGCUCGGACGCAGGCCUGUCUGAAGGAGCUACGCGCCCGGAGAGCUGCUCUCGAGGCCGAGAACCCGUCUCUGCCCAAGCUGUCCACGCUGCCCCUCCGCAUAGUCUCCGAAAACAACUUCCCGACCGCCGCCGGUCUGGCUUCGUCCGCUGCUGGUUUCGCGGCUUUGGUUCGCGCCAUUGCGGAUCUGUACGAACUACCGAGCUCGCCUACCGAGCUGUCUCUAAUUGCCCGCCAGGGUAGCGGUUCGGCUUGUCGCAGUCUUUUCGGUGGAUACGUGGCUUGGAGAGCGGGUGAGCAGGAUGAUGGUUUGGAUUCGAAGGCGGUCGAGGUGGCACCUGCGUCGCACUGGCCGAGCAUGAAAGCUCUGAUUCUUGUCGUUUCCGCCGCUAAAAAGGGGGUUAGCUCGACGUCGGGAAUGCAGCAAACCGUUGCUACAUCUGACCUGUUCAAGGGACGUGUUGCAAAUGUAGUCCCAGCCCAUAUGGAGGCUAUGGAAACCGCUAUCAGGGACAGGGACUUUGCUAAGUUCGCGGAGGUGACUAUGAAGGACUCCAACUCCUUCCACGCCUGCUGUGCGGACACCUACCCGCCCAUCUACUACAUGAACGACGUGUCUAGGGCUGCGGUCAGAGCUGUGCAGGCGAUCAACGAGGCUGCAGGCAAGACCGUGGCAGCUUAUACGUUCGACGCCGGCCCGAAUGCCGUGAUAUACUAUCUUGAGGAAGAUAGCGCCCCCGUGGUAGGAACAUUCUACAACCUACUACAAAGCACGGAUGGCUGGAAGGAUGAAGCCAAAUCGUACGCCUCGACGGCUACGCAGCUAGAUGAGACUACAUCCGCUUUGCUUAAAGAAGGAGUAAGCAAGAUCAUAAUGACCGGAGUGGGCGAAGGACCAAUCAAGACCGACCAGCAUUUGGUAUAAUAGUAAACUACCUCCUAUUAAUAUUCAACAAUACCCCCAGUUACGAUAUAUCCAAGUCGCAUACCCAAUCCCUCGGAAUUCGUGGUGAGCAUUUGUUAUUAGCUUUGAAUGAUGGCAUGAGUUGGCUAUAUGCUACAUGAACGUAUAGAGAGAGCAGUGGCAAUAGAUACAAGAUGACGAAAGCGAUGCGAGAUUUCAAGCAUAGACUUAUUUAAUACUUCUAAAAGAUAUAUUGGGUAUCCCUUAUAUGAUGUAUCAAAUUGUUAACUUUAGGUACACACCACCUACAUAAGGUCAGUAACCCCCGGUACCUGAAA